AAGUAUUCUGUGCAUUACACGUUAAAGAACCACAUGUGUGGCGCCUGUGAGUCACAACAGCUGUGAUAUUGACUGUUGAUUAGCGGUUUUGUUGCAUCAGAAAGUUAAGAAGCAGUGUACGUUGUUUUAAAGUAAUUAUGUCUGGCGAAAAUAAGGAACCUAUCUAUACAUCCGAUAGUUGUGGCAAUGAUGAAACAGGAAUUGGUACCAAGGAAAAACCUUUUAAAACUAUCCUUCAGGCGAUGCGCAAAGCAGGUUCCGAACCUUUUCCUCCGAUUCUGGUUGAUGGAAAGGAAGAAGGCGUGACUUUUGAAGAAGCUGCCAAGUCUCAGCUUAAAAAAGUACAAAAGAUAUGGGUUCGAGAAAAUUAUAAACUCGCCGAGAAAAAGAAAAAGGAGCAGGAAGAUUCAGAAAAAAGGGUGAAAAAUUUGGAAGAGGCAAGGAAAAUUGUAAUAGAAGAAGAUAAAACCCUUCCCACAGCCCAACGAAUAAAAAUUGUGCAAGGGUUAAACUACAGAGAUAAAAGAGUGAAAAUAUAUGGGUGGGCUCACAGAAUCAGAAGGCAAGGUAAAAACCUUAUGUUCAUCACCUUAAGGGAUGGUACAGGAUUCUUGCAAGCAGUGUUGAAUGACAAGCUUUGCCUUACACAUGAUGCUAUUGUGUUACAGACUGAAUCCUCUAUUAUACUUUAUGGAGUACUUAAAACUGUUCCUGAAGGCAAAUCGGCUCCUGGGGGACAUGAGUUAAUUGUUGACUUUUGGGAAUUGAUAGGGUUAGCACCACCAGGCGGUGCUGAUUCCAUUUUGAAUGAGCAAGCUUUACCAGACAUUCAGGCAGAAAACCGUCAUAUUAUGAUUAGAGGAGAGAACACUUCAAAAGUUUUAAGGAUGAGAUCAGUUCUAUUGCAAGCUUUUAGAGAUCAUUACCUAGAUAGAGGUUAUUGUGAAGUCACUCCUCCCUCUAUUGUUCAAACCCAAGUAGAAGGAGGGUCUACAUUGUUUAAGCUUGAUUAUUUUGGGGAAGAAGCAUAUUUGACUCAGAGUUCACAGUUGUAUCUUGAAACUUGUUUGCCAUCUAUGGGUGAUGUUUAUUGCAUUGCCGAGAGUUUCAGAGCUGAACAGAGUCGGACACGCAGGCAUUUGGCAGAGUAUACACAUGUUGAAGCUGAAUGCCCAUUCAUAAAUUUUAAUGAUCUGCUCGAUCGACUAGAAGAUUUGAUUUGCGACGUAGUUGAUAGAGUGCUUAAGUCGCCCUAUCGAGACAUUGUUUAUGAAUUAAAUCCCAAUUUCCGAGCACCCACGAGACCAUUUCUUCGAAUGAACUAUUCGGACGCCAUUGAGUAUUUAAAGAAGAACAAUAUUACCAAGGAAGAUGGUACUCUUUAUGAAUUUGGAGAGGAUAUUCCAGAAAUGCCAGAGCGCAAGAUGACUGAUCAAAUUAAUAAGCCCAUCAUGCUAUGCCGAUUCCCAGCUAACAUUAAAUCAUUUUAUAUGAGCAAGUGUCCAGAAGAUCCGAGGUUGACUGAAAGUGUAGAUGUCUUACUGCCCAAUGUUGGGGAAAUUGUUGGGGGUUCAAUGAGGAUAUCCAACUUAGAAGAAUUAAUGGAAGGGUAUAAAAGAGAAGGUAUUGAUCCCUCGCCCUACUUUUGGUAUACAGAUCAACGGAAAUAUGGAACUUGUUCUCACGGAGGUUACGGUUUGGGUUUGGAAAGAUUUGCCUGUUGGUUACUCAACAGGUACCACAUAAGGGAAGUCUGCCUUUAUCCUAGAUACUUGCACCAUUGUAAACCGUAAACUCCUGCACUUGUAGCAGAUUGAAUGCAUUUAUUACAAAUUUUCAGUUUAAAUUAUCAAUAAAAAAUGCAAAUUUUGUUUUGAAGUCUUUCUGUAUAUAACCCUGAAUAUAAUCUGCCAUAACAGAUAAUUAGUCUGAAAUGACAAUCUGUUAACAAUUGUGUGGAGUAUGGAGUAUGUUUUGACUAGAUCCUCUGGAUCUAUAUUGGAGGCUGUAUCUGGUUCUUCUAGGAAUUACCGGUCAAUUGUGGAUGGUGCUUUUUCGCAACUAAUUCUAUUUUCCUAGUUGCAUCUAUGACGCAAAUGUUCAAAUAAAUAUUUAGUUUAACAACUAAAAUAUUUUUUUAGAUACAAAUUUACAUUUGAUAAAUAUUUUUCUCUAGAAUAUUUUGCGAUUUUAUUUAUUAAGAGCCUGUAGUGGUAUUAUACACUAAUGAAGGUACAGAAAGUGUCGCUAAGGCUCCGUUGAUGGCCGUUGAUGAAUGCGCAUUCAAAAGCGUUAGUGUAUAUGCAGAAGAACAAAAAAGGCACUCUCAAAUAUGUAACGCUCUUCUGCAUAGUCGCUAACGUAUUUGUAUGUACGUUUCUGACGUUUGACAGCGAUCGGUCACGUCGCUUAGUUAACAAAGUGGUGCUGUUUUGAAAAAUGAACCCAAAAAGUAAUGGUCUUAGAAAGACUAUAGUAUGUAAAACGUUGAUAAACUUCACUCAAAUCUAAAUCAAAUUCGUGAUUAAAAUGGCUCUUAUUAAAUUUGUUACAUAAUCUAAUUUCAGUAAUCAUGCAUCGAUCUAAAAUAUUUCCAGCGAGGCGAACGUUUUCACAUAAUAAUCAUGUAUAUUAAGUUGAGGAAAAUCAUCUGGGUCGGCUUGGUUGGUUAAGCAAAAUCUCUCAAUUUCUGUUAAAUCUACAUUCGCAUUAAAAGAAACAAAGAUGUAGUAUCAAGUUCUGUUUAGAUAAGCUAAUUCUGCGUUGCACAGGAAAAUUUGUGAUUUCACCGCUUCUUAAUGAUUCAAUUUUUACAAUAAAAUUAGGAUAAUAUACUAUGGGGUCAAGAGAAACCAAAAUGUUUGAAAUAUUGACGGUGGGGUUCUCCAAACCAUAUCCCGUUUUUACGAUAGAAUCCGGUAUUUAACUUUGGUAAAUUUUUAUGAACCGCAGGUCUACCUCGAUUGGGUUUCUCUUUGUAACCCUCAAUAAAUAGAUUCGCAAUUCUACAAUGACAUUCCAGAAUUCCAGAACCGUACUUCGUGCAUACAAACGCUCAAAGCUGACGGAUUUGCGAAGAGUUUCAUCGGUGAGUUUCCUAUUAGUCCUAUUAUUAGUCCAUGUAGUGAAAACCCCAUUCUUUCUUUGAAAUCCUACUCUUAAAAUACAACAAUUCGCGCGGCACAGUUCUUGUUGGCUCACGUCUUAAAUACGAGUCUAGCUUGUAGUACACGACGUGAAAGAAUGGUCCCUUCCGCUUUACAAAAGCCGGGUCUUAAACUCAUUCUGACAUCAAAACCAUAAAAGCUUGUAGGAACGGUAUAUGGUUUGGAGAACUCUAUAAAGCAGUUAAGUUUGUAAAAUAGAGAGUUUGACUCUUCGUCUUUUUCUUUUCUGAAGGAGCUUCCACUUUAUUGAAUAAGUAACCUUGUUAACUGUAUUUGAAUUCAAAUCGUAUAUUACGAGUAACAAUGACAAUAUUUCGAAAUAAUUUCACGUUUUGGUUUUAUUUUCCAUCGGGACUUUUGAGACCUUUACGUAGGUAUGAUGACUAAUCGGUUAAAGGGAAACAAAACUGCCACAUUUUUUUAAAUUCCAAUUUAUUCAUAAAUAGAAAUUAUCCUAUUAAUAAAAUCUCAUAAAAUUUUCAAGUUUCAAAUUCAGAAAUUCACAAUAUAUUAGUUUAAAGUGUGGUCAAAAUUUAAAUUGCCUCGCCGGCCAACGUGUGCAAUUAAUUUUUUGCAUGUUUCAAAUAUUGUGAUGCAUUUUCAAGAAGUCUUCCGACUUUUGCGGAAUAUUUUCCGAACCUGCUUUACGAUAUUAUAUACAGUUACUUUGGUAAGUAGGGAGGCGAUAAAAAAAUAAGAUAGCUAGACACACUUAUUUGGACCCUUAAGUUUUUUAAGCAAGUGAAAUGAAAAUUAAAUGACGUAAGGUAUACAGUCGCUGGGUCAUUGGACGAGUCAUAGUUUGACUUUGGUCUGGUGGGCUAGUUUGGUCUAGUUAAUGGCAUGUAUGAUGCAGCUCAAUUGGCUCUAUAAUAAUAUAUAUAUAGAGGAGUAUGUAAGUGUUUAAUUGACAAAUUUAAUAGUUUUGAUGCGGAAUAAAUCGGUGUCAGGAAAAUGAAACGUUCUUUAGUGUUAUUUAUAGGUUCAUCAAUCCAUACAUGCAGGUUUCUGUCAUUUUCUUGCUGAAUGAAAUAUAUCUUAUUCGUUUUAGUUAGAGGUGACUACAAUAGUUUCUAAGAUUAUAUAAUAAUUAUGUACAGCGCAAUAAAUAUGUUCAUCACAUAAUACAGUAUUUAGGAUUUUGCUUAAACAUAAUUAUAGGUAUAAAUUUAUUUUUAAAAUCACAUUUUUUGGUUUAGCGAAUGGCUAGCGAAAGAACAGAGGGGGAUUAUGUUGUGUUCACAAGCAAAUAAAAGAAAAAAAACGCUUUUUUGACAAAAGGUACGCAAAUUUUGUAUUUGCACAUAUUCUAUAUAUGAAGCUUUUUAGAGUUUACCUUUUACAUGUCAUCAAACAAGAGAUAUAAAAUAUUUUUGACUAACAAUUUUCACCGACAUUAUAAUAAUAUAUGGUAAUUGCCCCGGCAACGGAAGCAACACAUAUAAGCCGCGCACGUCAUAGCCCUCUAGUUGUUGGCUGGUCUUUCAAGUAGCCUGAAGUCAUAUAGCUAUUAGAUAAUAUGAUAAAAAUUGAUGCGUCUCGGGCGGCUAUGGUAAUUUCGCAUAAUAGGGAAUAAUCUUCAACGGAUGCCCCUAAAUUUCACACAUUGUCCUGCAUUUUUAGGCAAUUUCCUUUCUAAACAACUCGGUUUUCACUGAGCAUUAAACGGGAUUUGGUCAUAUUUUUUUGAAAUAAUUGCUACCCUAAAAAUGAAAUAUCAGCCCAUGCGAUUAUUGAAUGACCCUUUCUAACAUUUUUUCAAGCUAUAGUUCUUCAAAAGUUUCUGUUUUAUCUAGUACCCAUAUGUCUUAGGUGCAUAUUUGUGUCGGCAGAAACUUUAGUGUAUGUCGUUUUUUAAGACCGAUGGUUCAGUCAUUAUAUAAAUACCUACUACGUUAUAAUCGUUAACAAAUCGAAAUAACUAUAAUUACAUAAUGUAGACUACUCUAAUAUAUUCUAAUUACAUUUCAAAUCCUAGUUGCAAUGCAAUUCGAUAAUACAAAAAAAAUAGAUAUUUAUAUAUCGAAGUAAUUUACCGCAAAAGCAAGAAUAAAAACACUUCCAAUGUCUGAUUAAUCCGUGUCUUUA